ACAGUAAUCUCGACUGUGAAUAAGUACAAACUUUCUUAAUACGAUCUGUUUGCAACUGAAUUUUUUCAGUAGGCCCAAUGAUAUCGUUAAGGGCUCUACUCAAGAGCAUGAGAUUUACUUUGGCUAUAUUGAUGUCCGGCGAAAUAAUGAAAACUCUUUAUUUCCUGUCCGUAGUUGACUUUUUGUGUCCGAUAGAUUCCACACUUGAACCGGAAUCAGAUCAUACUCGUUUACUAGCACAAUCCCUAUCGAAAUCCAUGUCUUGCGACACACCAACAGUGCAAGAAGUAACCGACCCAUUCACACAUCGGCGAGGGUCGUCCACAUCCUUCACCCCUCUCUCAGUUUGACUACUAACACGUUCGCUGUUUCGUGGCAUAUUUUCCUCCAAUGUAGGAUUACCAACAACCGAGUUUCACUCUCAUAUUCGAUUGACCAACUUGACGACUAGCCACUGGAUUCGAACUCGAACCAACCGAAUUCUUCCAACCCUAAAUCCAGCAGUAUCACUUAUGUUGGCUGUAGUGUCGUUUUGUAGUGAGAGUGGAGAGAUAUUGUCACUGUCAUUGGCUGUUACUAAGACUAGAGUAAGUGGUGGAAGACCCUCACCAUGGCCACAGAUGUAAAUGUUUUUCCAGUUAGUACUCCAGUUCUCAAGUGGCAAAAAGAGGGAACUACCAAAACGGGUUCCAUACAAAUGAGGUCCUCACUAUCUGAAGAUACUAUGGGUCACUAUUUGUCAGUUCUUCAAACAGUUAAUUGCCAGCUACCAUUUGGUAUUGUUCACAGUGGUUUGUGCUUCAAGAGUGAUCUACUCGUAAACUUGAAUUCAGAUGCAGAUAUUUUAAUGAAUUUGGAUGUUAGUAGCCAGCAUAAUGACAGAAAUGAAGGGAAAAUAGCAUCUUCUCUCAUCUCCAGUGUUUGGAAUCCACUGGAGAAAACACAUUUGAUGUUGAUGUUUUUCUGUUCACCCAAAUCUUUUUCGAGUUGGCUGGAAUAUUGGCAGAAACAUCGUCUUUCAUGGUGGAGGAAGUUUGCAGGUAUGCCUACCAGUUUUUCACUCACCAAAUCUGUUUCACAAGAUGUCAGUCUUCAAUUUACAACAUCUUGGGAAAAAAUUACUUUUGAAACAAUUACCACCAAAAGUGGUCACCUACCAGAAGAUUUGAAAGAUCAGACUAUGGCCUGUAAAACUUUGGUUCCUCAUGUAAUUGAAUGUGAAACAAAUUUAGAUUUGGCAGUGCUAAAUUAUCUGUUUGAUGCUUAUCAAGAAAGAGAAACUAACAGCAGAACUAGACAGGUUCUGAGGAUUCAUCAUCAGCUAGCUCCAUACAAAGUCACAAUAACAGCAUCUGGAGCCACAAACAAGUUGAGAGACCUAGCUAUUUACAUUACAAGGCAACUUAGAAAAUCAAAUGUUGCAGUAUUUCCUAAUCCAGAUCUUUAUUGUGUUAGCUCACUGGAUUCACAGUUCAUUCAUUUUGAUGAAAUGGGUAUUCCGUACUGUAUCGUGUUGAGUGAGAGGACAUUGAAAACUGGAAUUGCAGGUCUACGUAACAGAGAUACCACUAUUACAGAGCAAGUCCAUGUGAAAGAAAUGAAGAAUAAACUUCUUUAUUAUUUGCAGAUGCAAUGAGAAAAUUUUCCUAGUGCAUUAUAAUGUGCAUAUUAAAAUGUCUUGUUUUACAGAAACAGUUGUUUUCUAAGUCUUUUUUUACUAAAGACAAUCAGUUUUAUUUUCUAAUGUUUGAGAACAUUUAAAUGUCUGAGUAAUAGUGGGAAAUUUUAUCCUCCUCUGAAGGUAAUAUUAUUUAUAUGAGGGUGUAUCCCUUUUGUGAAGAUGGAAUCCUCAGUAAGAUCCCCCCCCCCCUAUAUAUAUAUAUAUAUAUAAAGCUAGCAACUUCUUUAGAAAUGAAACAGUUGUACAGAUAACUUAUAAACAUAUCUUAUUCAGGUAAGGAGUCAGAAAUAAUGACAAACAGAAAGCAAUAGUACAAAUAAAAAUUCAAAGAAGAAAUAGCAAGAAAAAUUAGGCCUUUCUUCCAAUCAGUUUAAUUCCAUAUCAGAUUUUAUAUUUAUGAAAUUAUUUCAUUGAAUGGAAAUAUUUUGAGUGCAUUAACUUUAUUCAUUACUCAAUAUAUGUUUACUGUGACUGUUUCAAAUAUAGUAACUCACAGUGAGAUGAGACCUUACUAAAACCAUACUUUUUAUAUGGUAUUUUUAUAAUGGUCUGAGAAAUGUUUUGGCAUUUUAGUUUUAUAUUCUUUUCAUAAUUUUCAAAGUAACCAAGAGUUUGUUACACAAGUACAGAGAAUGAUUCUUUAUGAGAACUUUUUGCAAAACAUUAAAAAAGUAUAUAGAUUACAAGUUAGAAAAAAAUCCAACUAAUUAGAAUUAUAAUGUAAAAUCUACCAAAAUGGGUUGUCCUUUAUAAAUUACACUAAAAAUAUAAAAGUUCAUGUUACUGUCAAGCAUUGAGUCGAAAAUAAUCAUGGAAUGCAAGUACAAAUAAAAAUUGAAAGAAGAAAAAGCAAGAAAACUUAGCCCUUUCUUCUUGUCAAUUUGUUUAUUCUCAAUUUUCCAAGCUCCCUCAUCAUUACACAAGUUCAGUUUAAACUGUUUUUAUGGAAUAUGUAUAGAGCUUCACCAAACAUUAUAUUAAACUUGCAUAAGUGGAGCCCUUCUCUAGCAUAUAGUACACCCUUACUCUGAAAACUAUCCUAUAGGUCCAGCCAGCCAACUUAUACGAUUUCUUUUAUGCCAUCCUAAGUAAUUCAUUCCCACAUCUAGCCUGAAGGAGCACUCUUCAAAAGGCCACACAUCUAUUUUUAUCCUUAAAUCUCUGAAGGAAUUCUUUAUACUUUUUAAUACUCUUCUAUUUCACUUUUCAACAGAAACUGCUCUUUUUUUCUACCAGGAAUAGACAUAUCUUUCAUUACAUUCAAAUUCUAUAUGGCAGCAUCCUUUGCUCAUAAAACAUCUAGGAGUAUCAGACUGGACUUCUGGAAUAGUUUUUGAUAUGUCUUAAAGAUGGUUCAAAGGUCAACCAUGACAGAAGUAAGCCAAACCUGAAAAAAACAGACCCUGUUAAAUAAAAUAGCCUAUUGCAAAGUCAUGAUAAAGAUUAAUCAAAUAACAAAAGACUUUGAUUCUUAACAAAUAGGAAAAAAAAAGGUGUUAGCUGAAUAUUAUGCCAUUUUUAAGCAUGAUCCAUACAGUCAAAGAAGGAGGAGGCAAAAUUAAGGAAAAAGCAUGUACAUACUCAUGUUUGGUUCCUUUUCAUACUUCGUAAAUCUGAAAUUGGUGAUUUUUGGAAAUUAAUAUUUUCAUUUUUUCAAAGUAUCAUAAUUUAUGAUGAAUCAGUAUUGAUUUACCAUUGAUUAGGUUGCAGCAAAGAGUAAAAAAAUAUUUUCCUUUAGCUGGAUCACUAGUCACAAGAUAUUUGUAUUACCUAUAUAAUCUAUCGAACAACUUAGGAAGCCUUUGGUUUCAAUGAAUUGGUCUGGGUGUACCAGGAAAUGGUACAUAUGAAAUGUUUGUAGAUCCAACUUAAGAAGAAUCUACUUUGUUUCAUAAAUUUAUUUUGUUACCUAUUGUGGCCCUUUGCUCUGUUUCCUUAGAAAGCAUUCAGCCAUUUCCCUCUCAUUCUUUUCUUCAGGAAUGGUAACAUUUGACAUGUAGCCUAAACUGUACCACAGAUUUAAGAAAUUUAAUGAAAACAGUUUAAGAGUCUGUGAAGGAUAACAUAUAGUGUAUAUCUGCUAAAAAUAUUUGUCACUAUGUACAUUGUGGUUAAAAGGAGGUAAGCCAAAGUGGGAAAAUAACAUUACUGACAGCGCAUAUCUGUAAAAAAAAA